AACGGCUUGGACAAUUGAUCUGACAUCAUUCAGCGGUGGAUCUCAAAAACAUCUCAUCAUGAAGGUAUUUUUAGCAGUUGUUCUGAGUGUGGCGUCAGUGUCGGCUUUAGGCUCAGGGCCAUACUUGCCCAGUGGAUGGAGGCCCAAGGGUCCCGCUUUCUACCUACCGUCUGAAGUUGAGAGUAAACCAUUCGAAAAGCCUCAAGAAAUCCUUUUCCAAGAGUCUGAGGCCUCUGGAUCUGAGGGUCUUCGAGAGUACGGACCACCGAAAGUUUCCAAUGAUAUCAGCCAGGGUCUGCCUGAUGCUGAAAAUGACCAGAUAUUCCAGGCCAUACAGAGUUCAAGCAUUCAACAAGUAGAAUCUGAAGCUGUCUCUGAAGAAAAAUCCAUAGUUUCCGAAAUCGAAGCAUUGGCUGUCACAGAAGCUAGCGAAGAACUAAACUCUGCCACCGAAGUAGCAAUCGAAAAGAAGGCUCAGGUUGAACUCCAACCAAUUUUAGAAGAGAAAAUAAUUGCCGUUGAACCAGUAGUGGUGGAAGAAGAAGUAAUCUCUACUGAAAAAGCAAUUGUAGAAAAGAAUGUAGAAGUGGUGCAGGAAGAAGUAGUUGAAGUGCAAAAAGUAGUCUCCGAGCCUAUUGCCUUAGAUAAAGAGGAAGUUGUCUCAGAACCUAUCGUAGUAGAAGAGAAGAAAGAGAUUUUCUCAAAACCUUUUGUCGUAGAAGAAAAAGAGAUAACUACUGCAGAACCAAUCGUUGUCGAGGAGAAAGAAGUAGUUAUUGCCGAGCCACUAAUCGAAGCGAAAGAUUUUGUUCCUGAACCAGUUCUAAUAGAAAAAGUUGAAUCAAAAUCAAUAUUCGAAAGUCAAUCCUUAGACUCUGCCGUGCAAAGUGAAGUUGAAUUAACAACACAGAUUCCCGCCGAGGCAGAAGAGAGUUCUCAAGCAAAUUUAGAAGAAAUUGCUGAGAAAAUCGUAGAAGCUGAGGACUUAGAUGUAUCUACAGCAGCACCAGUAGCAAUAGAUGUAAUUAAUGAAUCAGAGGUAAAAGCGGAAGUUAAUGAGGAACAGGCUAACGUGCAAGUUGAGAUCCAAACUGAAGCACAGAAAGUAGAAGAGUUAAAGACCGUCGUGGAAGAGGUCAGAAAUGUGGAGGAGGGAGUCAAGAUUGUGCAGGAGCAAGUGCAGAAUGUCGGUGAAGCGUUAGUUAUUUUGGAAAAUGAAGUUAAAGCUGAACAGAUUCAACAGUCCGAAGUUAAUUUCGCUGAAGCUGUUUCAGGAUCUCUCGAACAGGCUCCCGUAGCCUUUCUGGAGUACGGCCCACCUGGCUUCAGGGAAUACGGACCCCCCCAAGGCGACGAGCUGCUAAGAACUGACCUGCUGGAGGCACUUGUCAUUGAGCCAAGAAGCAACGAAUUGAGAAGGAGGAGAUUUUCGCCUAAAUUCAAAAUCAUAAGGAAAAUGCAUUAAGAAUCCAAAAAACUGAAGGCAAAUGUAGGCUAAAUAUCAUCACAAAUGUAUAAAAUGAAAGUUUUAAGGCGGCAUAUUGCGAUAUUAUCCUCAUGUAAAUUGUAGGAGUAUGUAUUUGAACAUGUAAUUAAAGGAUUGUAUGACAA